AUGCACCAAGCUGAAUUCUUAGAUGUCGAACCUAGCAGUAUUUCAUCCAUUUUGCAAGGUGGAUACAACCAUCCGCUUUUGAGAGAAUGGCAAAGUGAACGCCAGUUGACCAAGAACAUGUUUAUCUUUCCACUUUUCAUCUCUGACGAUCCAAACGACGAUUCUGAGAUCGAUUCCUUGCCCAAUAUCAGAAGAUUUGGUGUAAAGAAAUUAGUCCCAUACUUGAAGCCAUUAGUCGCUAAGGGUCUAAGAUCUGUGAUCAUAUUUGGUGUUCCUCUAAAGAAGGAGAAUAAAGACCCUGUCGGUACUGCCGCUGAUGAUCCAGAGGGACCAGUUAUUCAAGGUAUCAAGACCCUAAAACGCGAGUUCCCCGACCUUUACAUUAUGUGUGAUGUGUGUCUAUGUGAAUACACCUCUCAUGGUCACUGCGGUGUAUUGUACGAAGAUGGCACCAUAAACAGAGAAAGAAGUGUUGCACGUUUGGCUGCCGUGGCGGUCAACUAUGCUAAGGCUGGUGCUCAUUCUGUGGCACCUAGUGAUAUGAUUGAUGGUAGAAUCAGAGAUAUCAAGAGAGGUCUGAUCAACGCCGGUUUGGCUCACAAGACCUUUGUCAUGUCAUAUUCUGCCAAAUUCAGUGGUAAUCUGUAUGGUCCUUUCAGAGAUGCGGCUUGUUCCGCGCCUUCUUCUGGUGACAGAAAAUGUUAUCAAUUACCACCAGGAGGUAAAGGCCUAGCUCGUAGGGCAUUAAAGAGAGACCAGGAAGAAGGUGCUGAUGGUAUCAUUGUUAAACCAUCAACUUUCUAUCUGGAUAUUAUGCGUGACGCUAGCGAAAUCUGCAACGAUUUGCCUAUUUGCGCAUAUCACGUGUCUGGUGAAUACGCAAUGUUGCACGCAGCUGCUGAAAAGGGUGUUGUGGAUUUAAAGACAAUUGCAUUUGAAUCCCAUCAGGGAUUCUUAAGAGCUGGGGCCAGAUUAAUCAUUUCUUAUCUGACUCCUGAGUUUUUGGAUUGGCUCAACAAUUAA